AUGGAGCGACGCGGAAUGUACUACAUGUGGAGAAAUAUGUUCUCAUCCAUAAAUCUCAUACGGGUGCUUAACAAACUAGUCAAAGGGAAACAGUCUAGAGUGAUGAUGUUGAUGGGUCUAUUCCAAUUCUUUAUUCUGAAAGCGCUCAAAAUGCAGUCGCGGUAUCUUGGUCGUCAGUGGAGGAAAAGCAAUAUGGACAUCAUGUCCGCGAUCUAUAACAAAGUACGGCAUCGUAUGACUGAUGACUGGGCAUUCGCGAACGAAAUGCGAAAAUCGUAUGAUUAUCAUAGUGAAGAGAGCGAACUAAAGGCUGCUGUUGAACGUUUCCAUAGUCGGCGAUAUUCGAAGUUACAUCCACAGCUUGCUAUUGGUGAGCUGUUUAAAAUCAGCGAUGCUCCUAUGCCAGGUGAUGAUUACUUAAAUAGGGUCAAUCUUCGCGACUAUGAACCAGUUGAUAAUUGUCUCCAUUCAGUCCUUGGAAAACAGCCGGAGCUAGGGAAGCGGUGGGAUUUCAUCCAAUUCAAAAACAACUAUCAAAAAUGGAUGGAAGAAGAAGUAAUAAAAAGAAAUAUCGACUGGGAUCGCCUCCUGAUGAACACCAAGGGCAUCGCGUUUUCUCGGGAUGUUCCUUGUUAG